UCUUGCUGUGGUUUAAGUUCUUAGUACGUUCUUGCCUUUUGCUCCCGGUUUUUAAAAGCAGCAAUCUGGGUAUACCUUUACUAUAGGCUUGUUUUUUUUAAGAACACAUUUUAAUUACAUAAUUUUAAAGAAAAAUAGGCUUGUGUCUAGAGAAAAUGAAGGAAGAGAUUGCUGCUACUGUUUUCUUUGUGGCGAGGCUGGCAAAGAAGCAUGGAAAGCUGGAGCGCUCGUCUCGGGAGAGGUUCGCUGUGGCGUUUACGUCUGUCCUUUUUGAGACCUACAAAAGCCACUGGUACCCAGAGAAGCCAUGCAAAGGACAAGCUUUCCGGUGUCUCCGGAUGAACAAGGCCCAGAUGAGGGACCCUGUAAUUGGCCGUGCUUGCAAACAAAGUAAUAUUGAUUAUGAGGACCUCGGUUUGCCUAAAGAGAUCACCAUUUGGGUAGACCCUGGAGAAGUUUCAUGCCGGUAUGGUGAGAAAAAUGCACCAUUUUGUGUGACUUUGUUGGAGGGGCAAAAAGGAGACCGUGAGUUUUCACGCAGGAUUAACAAUGCUGUGGAGCGGGCUUCCUCGGACUACCAUUCAGGAACAUCUUCAGACGAAGAAGGUGCUAACAGCAGCUUGAGCACCAUCAACGUGAGCAUGAGCAGCAGUAGUAGUAGCAGCACACAUUCUGCUCCGGAGCCCAAGUGCAUCCCAACGGUGUCCAAUCCCAACAGUGUUUAUCAGUUGAGUGACUUUGGUCCACCCCCAUCCAUGCCAAGCUGGACCGCUUAUCCCAAAAGAAAGCCCUAUGCUGCUGAAGGCUACCAGCAGCAUUCGAAUGGCCAAUAUCCCCCACACAAUGGCUUCAAAAACUACAGACCAUCAUAUGCCUUUUCUGGUCCACGGAUGGACAAAUACCACUGGGUUAGCAAGAGCCGCUCAUAAGAGCUUGCAGUUCUGUGUGUGUGAUUUUGCUCUUUUGAGUGUGUGCAGCCUUGAUGGCUGGUUUCAAUGUUAAAGUAAUUAUUUAUGAGAAUUGAAUGCUAAUUGCCAUUAAUGGCAUAUUUUAAGUGGGUUUUAAUAAAUUAUGUUGCAAAAUUAACAGCAGAAAAUAAACUCUGGUUUUAAUACUG